GUUUUAUUCGAUGUCACGGACGUCUGUAGUGUACGGUCGUUCUUAAGGGUCGGUCACCACUGCUCCAAUACAUGCCUGUUCAGUGCAAAAUACACCCUCGUCGAUCUCAGUCCGCUUUGCUAUUUUAAUAUUACCCGAUACCCAUCAUUCGUAUAAAUUACAAUUGUUUUUACGGACGUCUCUCACGUCUUGUCCCGCUUCCAUCAUAUACGAUCUAUUCACAUACCUAAAUAGUUACACAUAAUUCAAAUUAUUAUUACUAUUCCCGGAAGAGGACAUAUAAAAUAUAAAUAUAUAAUAUACUUUACCCAACGGUCGUGUACCACCGCGGAUAGAAGUGUUAUUUUAUUUUUUUCUUCAAUAAUUCUUGAACCCUUUUAAUUCGGUUCAAGCGAAAAUAUGUGUCAUACCACGAUUUCCGGUACCGACGACGACGAUAACAUGGAAGAGAUCUCUUCGACUUCUUUGCCAUCCAACAACAAGAAAACCGGAAAGCAAAUCGAACCUCGGAAGAUCCGAAAGCCGUUGAUGGAGAAAAAGCGACGAGCAAGAAUAAAUCAGAGCCUGGACGAACUGAAACGAAUCGUAGUGGACGCCGAGAAAUCCGCCGGUCAAGACCUCUCUCGAGUGAACAAACUGGAAAAAGCUGAUAUCCUGGAGAUGACAGUCAGAUACCUGAAGCGGAAGUCGACGGCCUUGGCGCCGUCGCCUACACCACCACCGCCAGGACCAGAAAUAUACGCGGCCGGAUACAGGCGGUGCAUAGGACAGGUCCAAGAGCUGCUGGCCGAACAGUGGACGGACGAGCGGCGGCAAAUGUCAGGUCAAAGGAUGAUCUUACAUCUGGAAUCGUGCGCGAAGAGGCUAGACGCGUCGGUAAACCGUUUGUCGUUGUCGUCGACUUCUUUCCCAGGAGAACCGCCGAGUACCAAUGUCACAGUCAUAAACAAUAAUAACAUUUGUUCAUCGUCAUCUUUCUGCUCGUCCGACGAAGAUGAUAGUAACGCGACGACGGAGUUACGUCGAGACGCUACCCCCGCAAAGUUGAUGUGGAGGCCUUGGUGACGGGCUAGAACAGUGUAUAUCGGUAGAUAACCGUGGUUUACACAUCACCAACCUUAUUUUCGCGUCCCUGUUCGACAUACGUACAUCGUAAUGUAAUAUUAUUGAUAAUAAUUGUAUGCCGUUUUUGUACCUGUUCUUCAAGACUUUAGUUCGUAAGACAUGUAAAUAUAUUGUAUUUUAUAAUAUUGUGUAUUGUAACGAAAAUUAUUUUUAUUUCUCAAAUAAUAAGAUAAUCGAUUGAAUCGUUAUUAUUUCAAUAGUUGUUUUAUUAUUCGUUGUUACAUUCAUUUCAAACGGGUAUGCGUAUUCAAAAAUACUAAAUCUAUACAACAUCACAUAGGUCUAAACAUAAAACCUAACGUUACAAUAAAAACCCACAAGAGUACACAACACUAUUCAUCGAAACAGCUCUCUGAUUGAAAAAUUUACAUUAAAAUUGUUUUUAUUGCUCAUAUAUCUUUAAAAAAGUGUGCCCUUCAAAUUUGUA